AGGCGCCCCCUGCGCGGCGAGCCCGCCCGCAGUUCCCAGCCGCGGGUUGGGACGCGGAGUCUGAGGCACACAGCGGAGCGCAAUGGCCGCGUGGGACAAGCGGCUGGCCGGUGUGCGCGGGGUGCUGCUGGACAUAUCGGGCGUGCUGUACGAUGGCGGUGAGGACGGCGGCGCGCCGAUCCCUGGCUCCGUGGAGGCGGUGGCGAGACUAAAGCGGUCGCGGCUGAAGGUGAGGUUCUGCACCAACGAGUCGCAGAAGUCCAGGCGAGAGCUGGUGGGGCUGCUCCGGAGGCAGGGCUUCGACAUCUCCGAGGGCGAGGUGACCGCCCCGGCCCCAGCUGCCUCCCUGAUCUUGAAGGAGAGAAGCUUGCGGCCACACCUGCUUGUCUGUGAUGGAGUCCGUUCAGAAUUUGGUCAGAUCGACACAACCAACCCCAACUGUGUGGUCAUUGCAGAUGCCGGAGAAGACUUUUCUUACCAGAACAUGAAUAAAGCCUUCCAGGUACUCAUGGAGCUGGAAAAGCCUGUGCUCAUCUCUCUGGGAAAAGGACGCUACUACAAGGAGACCUCAGGCCUGAUGCUGGAUGUCGGUGCCUACAUGAAGGCUCUCGAGUAUGCCUGUGGAAUCGAAGCCGAAGUGGUGGGGAAACCUUCUCCUGAGUAUUUCCAGUUGGCCUUGAAGGAGAUGGGGGUAGAAGCCCACGAGGCCAUCAUGAUUGGAGACGAUAUCGUGGGAGAUGUCGGCGGUGCCCAGCGGUGUGGAAUGAGAGCCCUGCAGGUGCGGACGGGAAAGUUCAGACCCAGCGACGAGCAGCAUCCGCAAGUGAAGGCUGACGGGUACGUGGACAACCUGGCAGAGGCCGUGGACCUGCUGCUGCAGCACGCGACCAAGUGACGAGCCCUGGGGGGCAGCCCCCAGCCUCGCGCCGCCCCUGCCCCGGCGCCUGGACUGCCCCGCCCCCCGGCCCCAGGUGGACAGGCCAGAGGUGCCAGCAGGCACCCUGCUUGCCUCUGCUUCCCCCCCGGCCUCCUGGGGAGCUGUUCCUCCUGGGAUGGCCUACUCCCCUCCCCCACCACACCCAGUGAAGUCGGAGUGGGGGACAGACCCCUGGGUGCCUCCACGCAAGGAGAACCCUUGUCUCUGGGAACACCCUCCAGCCACACCUGGUCCUGUCAGCAUCCCAGCUAACUGGACUAAGGGACAUUUACCCCUUGCCCCUCUAUCAAACAUUCUGCACCUUUGAUGGAGGAGCCUGGAGAAGGCGGGGCUUCCCGCACCAUCCCUGCAGCCCAGAGCUGAGCCAGCCUCCCUGGGACUGCCCAGCAACCCCUGCCCACCUCCUGGCCCCCACCCAGGGUCAGAGUGGCCACUUGGCACCCCCCGCUUCCUACCCCAAAAGUCACCUUGGAGCCCAAGGCAGCUCUGGGGUACACUGAAGACCACUGUCCUUCAGAGCAGGAAUUGUAACCACGGGGGUCAAGGCUGCGGGCCCAGAGGGUGCUUGCUUCCGGGCCCUGACUCGGUAGACUUGAAUGUGUCAUGCCCAGUGUCUGCAGGGGCAACUACUGGUUUAAUAAACUGCCCUGACCCGA